GAAAAUGGGUGUGAACUUCACGGUGAGCAACAAGGAUACGGUGAAGAGCAGCGAUGUCCUCUUCCUGGCCGUGAAGCCCCCCAUCAUCCCCUUCAUCCUGGAGGAAGUGGGCCCCGACAUCGAGGCCCGACACAUAGUGGUCUCCUGCGCGGCCGGCGUCACCAUUAACUCCAUCGAGAAGAAACUCUCUACCUUCUGCCCCACACCAAAAGUGAUCAGGUGCAUGACCAACACCCCUGUGAUUGUCCGGGAGGGUGCUACAGUCUAUGCCACUGGGACUCAUGCGGAUGUGGAAGAUGGGAAGCUCUUGGAACAACUGAUGGCCAGUGUAGGCUUCUGCACCGAGGUGGAAGAGGACCUGAUAGAUGCUGUAACGGGGCUCAGUGGCAGUGGCCCUGCGUAUGCAUUCACCGCCCUGGAUGCUCUGGCAGAUGGGGGAGUGAAAAUGGGACUUCCCCGCAGGCUGGCAGUUCGACUUGGAGCACAGGCUUUGCUGGGUGCUGCCAAAAUGCUGUUAGAAUCUGAGCAGCAUCCUGGUCAGCUGAAGGACAACGUCUGCUCACCCGGAGGAGCCACCAUCCAUGCCCUGCAUUUCCUGGAGAGCGGUGGCUUUCGCUCACUCCUAAUCAAUGCUGUGGAGGCUUCCUGCAUCCGGACAAGGGAGCUGCAGCAUUUGGCAGACCAAGAGAAGAUCUCCCCAGCAGCCAUAAAGAAGACUUUGUUGGACAAGGUGAAGAUGGAGUCUCCUUCUCUGUCCGUGGCAUCUGCCAGCAAAGUCAGUCUGUUCACAAAUAAGAGCCCCAACAGCAAGAAGAACUGACCAGACUGCCGUAGUCUGGCUGUGCUAAACAUCAGCCUCCUCCAUUCUCUUUUCUUUUUUGUCUAAGGAAAAAUGCUCACUCUGAAUGUUGGUGUCCCCCAUACUUGGCUCUUGGCUUGCAGCAGGGGCAGUGCAGCAC